GGGUACUUCAUUGGGUUAACAUAUGUUAUCCGGCCGGCUUGCUUAAGGUACCUCGCUCGGAUAACUUGUGUUAGCUAUCGGUCGCCAGCUAAGAAAACCCUGUGAAGUGUAUCUCCAUUCAUCUCCAGGCGGACAGUGUUUCUCCUGCUACAGGUGAUCCAGAGAACAGCACCCUCACCUCCUCGUCCAGAAUAUGUCCGGCCCGGUUCCAAGCCGAUCCAGAGUUUACCCUGAUGUAAACACGCAGAGACCCCGGGAGUACUGGGACUAUGAGUCGCAUGUUGUCGAGUGGGGAAACCAAGAUGAUUAUCAGCUUGUGCGAAAGCUGGGCAGAGGGAAAUACAGUGAAGUCUUUGAAGCCAUAAACAUCACGAACAAUGAAAAAGUUGUUGUCAAAAUAUUGAAGCCAGUAAAAAAGAAGAAAAUCAAAAGAGAAAUUAAGAUUCUAGAAAACCUAAGAGGCGGACCCAACGUAAUCACACUUCUAGAUAUUGUCAAAGAUCCUGUGUCACGGACGCCAGCACUUGUUUUUGAACAUGUAAACAACACCGAUUUCAAGCUGUAUCAGACGCUAUCGGACUACGACAUUCGCUUCUACAUGUAUGAAAUCCUAAAGGCCUUGGACUACUGUCACAGUAUGGGGAUCAUGCACAGGGAUGUCAAACCUCACAACGUGAUGAUCGACCACGAACACAGAAAGCUUCGCCUUAUAGACUGGGGUCUGGCCGAGUUCUACCACCCCAACCAGGAAUAUAAUGUCCGUGUGGCUUCCCGGUACUUCAAGGGCCCCGAGCUGCUGGUGGACUAUCAGAUGUAUGACUACAGUUUGGACAUGUGGAGUUUGGGCUGUAUGUUGGCCAGCAUGAUCUUCAGGAAAGAGCCCUUCUUUCAUGGACAUGACAACUACGACCAGCUUGUGCGGAUUGCUAAGGUCCUGGGUACAGAAGACUUGUAUGACUACAUUGACAAAUAUAACAUCGAACUAGACCCACGUUUCAAUGAUAUCUUGGGCAGACACUCUCGCAAGAGGUGGGAGCGCUUCGUCCACAGCGAGAACCAGCACCUGGUCAGCACAGAGGCCCUGGACUUCCUGGACAAGCUGCUACGAUACGACCACCAGGCCCGGCUCACUGCCCGGGAAGCCAUGGAGCACCCCUACUUCUACCCCAUCAUGAAAGACCAGGCGAGGAUGGGAUCUGCAGUGGGGGCAGUCGCUGCCAACACCCCGGUCAGCUCCUCUAGCAUGAUGGCAGGCGUCACGUCGAUGGCAGCGUCUCAGCCGCUGGCAAACAUCGCGGGGUCCCCAGUCAUCUCCUCUCCGAAUGCCCUUGGGCCUCAGGUUCCUGCUGCAGCCGGGACCCAAACCUGAACUUACCUCCCUUACACGUACACGGACACAUCUACACACAUACAUACGUACACACACACACGUGAGGGGGCCGGAGGGUUACAGCGGCCUGCAUUGGUGUUAUUUUAAUUAUAAAACAGACACGCGUGUGCAAACACACACACCCACCCUUGUUUCUGUCUCGUUUGGUAGCUAUGUGUGGGAAUCUAGUGGCACUGCAGAGAUAUGUAGCUGCCGUCUUUCAUGCUCAGUAUCUGGACAUGCAACAACAGGAAAAAGGACAAUAAAAUGUAUUUUAUAUGUCCCUUAAGGACCUUCUUGCUUGAAGUGGUUGGGUAAAAUUGUAAAUGGUCAGGAGGGAAAAAGAUCUUUUCCAUUAAUUUUCCCCCUUUUAAAGAGUAUUAUUAAAUUUGUUUUUAAGGACAGAAAUGACAAAACUCAGUUUGUUUCACAGUAGAAGAUAUAACACUUUCUGGUCAGGUUUUCUGUUCAGUGCUUUGUCUCAUAAGGUCAGUAGUUUUUAUUUUGUUUUCCCCUGGAGUUUUGUUUUAUAAUGCAGCCUUUUGACUAACGAGUAUUUGUUUUGAUAUCAUGACCAUUUCUUUGUAAUUCACCUUUUUUCUGUUUGAGACUAGUGGGGAUUUUUGUCCACACAGUUAAACACAAACAUGUUGACAUCUGGUUCCAUGGUUGCAUGUUAUAUAUAAAUUGCUGUAACACGCCAAUUUAUUAAACCAAAAAAAGAACUUUAACAAAAAAGAUUUACAGUGCACACUACUUUGGCCAGGUUACUGGCCACAUUGCAGUUAUGUCUUAAUGUCAUUGAUCCACUGAUAUUAUUUUUUUUCCCAAGUAAUAUAAACUUUUGUUUGUCUUGGUAAAACUUGUUCAUUAAUAUAUUGGUGUUUACAACAAUGUUUAGAACAGCUUGGACGAAUAUAUCUUGUCUUCCUAUGACAAGCAUGAGGAUCUUCAAAAUUCACUGUAAAUUAAAUCACAAAGUUUACUAUAGGGACAUUUUGUAGUUUUCCAAUAUUUUGUUUUAUAAAUCACUUUCAUAAAAAGAAUUGUUGAAACAAA